UUGGGCUCGCCAGAGAUCGAUUAUCGCGGCGUGUCGCGGCGUGCCGCCCACGCAGCCAGCCGGCAGUGCGCGGCACGGCGGCAGCCUAGCCGUCCCGUCCCGUGCCUUGCCUUCCACCGGCCGCUGCGCGUCUCGCGCCCUCCUCCGCCAGCCGAAGUCGGCUGCGGGCAUGCAGAAGAAGAAGAGCGGCAGCGGUGGGGGCGGGGGCAGCGGAGGCGGCGGGGGCGCGCGGAAGGCGCAGGCGGCGCAGGCGGCGCUGGAGGAGGAGCUGCGCGCCAUGGCGGGCUCGCCGGACGACAAGCUGGCGGCCGCCUGCCAGAGGGCGGGCCGCGCGCUCGCGGACAACGCCAGGCUCAAGGAGGUGGAGGCCCAGCUGGAGGAGCAGCUGGUGAGCACGCAGAAGGAGCGCGACCACAUGCAGGUGGAGCUGCACAAGGCCAUGCGGGCGCGCACACAGCUCGAGAGCCUCUGCCGCGAGCUGCAGAAGCAGAACAAGGCCAUCAAGGAUGAGAACCUGCAGAGGAUCCGCGAGGAGGAGGCGCGCCACCGCGAGAUGACGGACAAGUUCCAGAAGAUGCUGGCCGAGGUGAGCGCGCAGGUGCACGUCAACAACAGCAGCACCAGCCAGCUGCGCGACGACAACUGCGAGCUGCAGCGACGCUUCCAGCAGCUCGUCGAGCAGCAGCGCCUCCGCGACCAGCAAGUGGAGAAGAUGUCCAAGCAGCUGGAGCUGGAGACGCAGCUGCACAACGCCCAGAUGGCAGAGCUGAGGAUGCAGGCCAACCUGGAGAAGGAACAGCUGCUCAGGGAGAAGCAGCAGCUGCUCAAUGAUGUGAUGAAGUACGAGGAGCAGGUGCACGCCAUGGAGCAGACGGAGGAGAACCUGCGCAGCCAGCUGGCGCUCUACGCCGAGAAGUUCGACGACUUCCAGACCGCCAUGACGCGCAGCACGUCGGUCUUCAACAAGUUCAAGGAGGACAUGGAGAAGAUGAGCAAGAAGAUCACGCAGCUGGAGAAGGAGACAGCGUCGUGGCGGAGCCGCUGGGAGAAGAGCCACGAGUCGCUCCAGCAGAUGGCGGGUGAGCGGGACCAGCAGGUGCGGGAGCUGGAGCGCGUCACGCGGCAGUCGGCCCAGCUGGAGAAGCUGUGCCGCACGCUGCAGGCCGAGCGACAGCUGCUCAUGAGCCAGCUCGCCGCCGUCCCAGGUAUGUCUGAUUCAGCUGACCCCGUCCCAGAGGUCAACAUGGAGGCUGCGUCGGAGGGCAACAUGGACCCUGUCCCGGAGAGCAGCAUGGACGCUGUCUCGGGGGGCAAAGUGGAGACUGCCCAGGAGGGUAACAUGGAAGCUGUCCAGGAGGGAAAUGUUGAGACUGUUCCAGGCUGCAACGUAAAGGCUGUUCCGGAUGCCAAAACGGUGUCGGUACGGGAUAGCAGCAGUGAAGGAAAGACGAGCGGCGGCGAAGACAUCGACCAGUGAAGGACUGCGUGGCCACUGGAGGGAGAAAAAGUGACGAGCGCGUGUGGCGCUGUCGGCGCACCGUUUUGUCGCCCGCGCUUUGUCUACGACUCUGUAUCUAAUGUACUUUGUAAUGUACUAUAUCUAAAUUAUUCAGUACACUAUGUAUAGUCUAAUAAAAUUGCUACGAAACGA